UGGGCGCGGCCUAGAAGGUCAAAGAACGCCUCCAGUGUACAGGUUGAGACAAGCCGCGCCAUUAUUUGGAAAUAAUUGCACCAGACACACCAGGAAGAAGCGGCUCCCUCUUUUUUGGUGGUUUGCUGCUAAUGCUGUUGCCGUGGCGAUGGAACCUGCGUCCAAGCGUGUAUCGUCAUGGUCGGUGCGGGAGGUCCUGGAGUGGCUUCAGGAGCACCACCCCGACCAAGUGGGCGUGCUCCAGAAAGCCGUGAUGAAGCACGCCAUUUCCGGCCGUGCUUUGCUGAGGCUGAGGGAGCAUCACCUGCUCCAGCUGGGAGUGGAUGUCGAGGAGCAGCAGCAGGAGAUGCUGCAGGACCUCCUCCUCCUCAGGGUGCAGGAGGAGGUCGACGAGCUCAACGAUAUCUGCUCAGAAUGUUUCCCGGCCUAAUGGACGUUCAUUUGUUCAGUUGGACAUCCCUUCAUCCGUUUAUCCGCCUAUCAAAAGAUGGCUGAGGAGAUAUAAGGACAGAAGUACGGACGUGAGGUAAAGAUCGACGGGAAAGAAAGAAAAUUCCUGUGGGUAAAAGGUUAACACAAGGACUCUUCUUUUCAUCUCAUUUGUUACUAUGUCGUAUGCUACAUUAGGACGUCAAAGUGGUGACAAAUGGUCAGCUAAGUGUAAACUUUGUGCUGUUGACUAUUUUUAACGGUCCAUGAUAUGCAAAUGUAACUUUUAAAUGAUAUUUUAACAAUAUUUUGUGUCUUAGAGCAGGGUCUCCAACCUUUUUUUUCGUGAGAGCCCCUUUCACAUAAUGAAAAUGCUUUUGUUUCAUUUAUUUUCAUAGCUUAUCCCAACCAAAUCAAGCUUAAUAAGUUUGUUUUGUCAAAACAUGAAUAAAAUAUUUGCAAUCCACCACAACUUUUACAAAUUGUAUAUUAAAAUUAAAA